AUGAGCCUCAUCGCCUGGCAAACGGUCUUCUGUUUCUUCAUACCGUUAACAUUAGCAUCCGUUGUCGAUGACUCUUAUUCAUCAUACGAAGAUGCGUAUGAUGCGCUUCUUAACGUAUUUUUCCCAAUCAUUUUCGUCGUUUUGUUAAACGUCUCGGGAAGACCUGGACCUACCAAAAACGUAAUAUUGCCGUUACUGGAUGAUAUAUUGUACAACACAGUCACUUGGGCGAUUCCGCUGAUAGUUUCGUUCUCCUAUAAUGAUCUGUUGAGUAUACGAAUAUUCUCGAUCAUAAACAUGAGUUUACAUGUGUUAUGUGCAGCAAUUGCGUUAAUUAGACAUAAACUGGUUAGCGAUGUCAUAAAUUAUGUCCACUCACUCACCGACAGAGGAUGGCUUGUAAAUCAACAUUUGGACGCUUACAUAUGGACUGGAACCAGUUUCUUCUUGAUAUGCUUUCCAGUGAUGGCUAUUCCGGUAUUCUGGAUUGAUUAUAUCACAAAUAAUCAAGAGUUUGAUUCAAUUGCAUUAUUAUUUAUUGUUUUGUUUGGGAUAUUGUCGGCUUCGACGAUUUUGGUUAUUCCUGCAAUCACAAAACUUCGCAAGAGAACCGCUGUUAUAUUUUUUGUAAUCUGGUUUUAUUCUCCUAAUUUUCUACAAACUAUAUUAAUUUUGUUAAAAUGGCCAAUUAAUUUUUAUUUCGUGAAAGCAUUUGUGUUUGUUCUCAUGGUUUCUUUGACAAGGAGUGUCUCUUAUUUUACUGACAAUGCGCCUCCGAGGUUUCUGGCUACGUCAACGACAACAGUCCAAGUCGUGAUUAGUGAGAUUGUAAAAAAGCACUAUGGAUAUGAAGAAAAGUCGGUAAGCGGCAUUCAAAAUCAGAUGAACGAAGUCCAAAAUCUGUUGGAUGAACUUCAACGUCAACUGGAUAAACUUCAAAGCAAGAUAAAUGAAACACGAUAA